AUGUCCCACUUCUCCACGACGCAGUAUAAUUCCAUCUCGGCGGCGUACGACUCGGUCAACGACCUGCCCAUCUCGCGCGCCAUCGUCAUCAACGUUGAGCGCAUGAUCCGGCCGUAUAUCCGGGGUGCGCGCGUGCUGGAACUUGCGUGCGGGACGGGCUUCUUCACGCGGCACCUGCUGGACUGGGGCGCGGCGAGCGUCGUGGGCGUCGACGUGUCGCAGGGGAUGGUGGACAUGGCUGAGGCCGAGACGGCCAGGCGGCCCGAGCAUGCCGGCAAGUACAGGUUCAUGGUGGCGGACUGUAGCGCGCCGUUCUCCGCGAACGCCAGUGGCAAUGGCAGUGGCAGUGGCAGCAACAACGACGGUACCGGCGGAGACUUCGACCUCGUCUUCGCCGCGUGGCUGCUCAACUACGCGGCAGACCAAGCCAGCAUGACAGCCAUGUUCUGUAACAUCGCCAACCACCUUCGGCCGGGCGGGCGGUUCGUCAGCGUGCUCCCGCACCCCGAGGACGACGACCCGAUGGUGUGCAUCGACCAUGUCAACGCGCAGCGCCGUCUCGGGUACGGGUACGGGAUCGAGGUCCGCCAGACGCUGGCCCUCGCCGACGUCCCGCACGCGUACCACGUCCACCUGUACUUCGACACGGUCCCGCCCGUCGACUUUGGGAACUACUACCUGCCGAAGCGCGUGCACGAGGCCGCGGCGCGGCAAGGCGGCAUGACGGGCCCGCUGAGCUGGGAACCCGUCUCGCUUCCGGACAACUACGACGAGAUUAACCGGUACAUGAAGACGCCCGUGGCCGCGGGGUAUUUUGAUCCGUGGCUCGAGUACCCGGACUUUGGGAUGUUGGUGGUGGAAAAAAAAGCGAAAUAG